AUGCGGGAAGCUGUAGCCGACACUCUCCAAGAACUUUGGAUUAGUUAUAAUCUCAUCGAAAAGAUCAAAGGUCUCUCGGCUCUGAGAAAUCUUAAAGUGCUUUAUAUCAGCAAUAAUCUUAUAAAAGAUUGGUCGGAAUUUAAUCGUCUACAAGAACUAGAAUCACUAGAAGAUUUAGUAGUGGUGGGUAAUCCCAUAGCCGAUGGUCUUGACGAGGCCACUUGGCGUGCCGAGUGUAUAAAACGUUUGCCGACAAUUAAAAAACUGGAUGGCGAACCGGUGGUAUUAAAUGAGGAGCCGCAAUUGUAAAAAAACACCCUUAAUAAUUCUUAUUAAAUAUUUACUAUUAAUUACAAAGGUGUUAAGUUUGUGAAAAUAAUUUGAAUAAACUAUUAACAGCAGUUGUUGCAAAAUAAUUAUAUUUUACAGUAAUUGUUUAUAUAUUUUGCAUAA